GCAGCUACUGCUGCGUUACAAAUGAGAGGAUUUGAUAGCACACACAUAUUCCUCUUUUGCUUUCCGGUGCGCUUUUCCGCAGUUGUUUGUUGCUUACUGUCAUUUUUCUUUCAUACACAUUUGUGUGAUGUGAUAUCUUAUCGAUUUCCUCUCCCCACAUCUCGUCAAGACGGGAAAAGUUAUCCAAGGUCUAAGAUGUAUUUUCCCAAAAUAUAUAGAUUGGAUUUACAAAAGUUUAUUCUAUGCAAAGAGCAAGGUGAAGAAAUCGAUUCCAGCUCGGCUGAAAAAUAAAGAACACCAAAACCUUGGCUUGUAUCCCGAGCUGGACGGCAGCAAGUACUUCAUGACGAUCAUUUAUAGUUUAGCAU